AUGAACAUCAACUCUGAAGAGGAAGAGGAUGAGUAUGGAAAUAACCAUAACAAAGCUAAUGGGGAGGAUGGAGCUGGUCCACCCAGAGAAUAUGAGGAAGAGGAGGAAGAGAAGGAGAAUGAGGGCAAGAUGAAGCAAGUUCAGAAUUGGGAAAGGGAAAAAUCACCUGAGAUUCUGUUCUGUUUUUCAGAUGACAAACCAGAUCACAAGCCAGAUGACUCAGACAAAAACCCAGAGCAAGAAUUCCCAAAAUUCCUAAACCUCUUGGGCACAGAGAUCAUUGAGAAUGCAGUGGAGUUCAUCCUCCGCUCCAUAACUAGGAGCACAGGAUUUAUGGAAUUUGAUGAUAAAGAAGGAGAACAUUCAGCAAAGUGA